CUUCUUUUGACCUCGAGCAUUUCGACACACUUAUCCAGGACUUGCGAACUCCAUUAAACCUUGAGCUUCGUUCAAUAACCAACUUCGGGCCAGGAGCUCUGUUGAUUAUCGAUUCAUAUUGCAUUUGCAACAGAAGAUGCGUAGGGGGCCCGGGAGGGCGGGGGGCUCAGAAAGCCUAAGGUCCCUCCCAAAGUAGCCUGAUAUGCCCUCAAUUAUUUGGGGUUACAAUCGGUGAUACAGCGACGGCCAAAUGGGGAACGGUGCUUCCAGUGGUGGAGCAGGCCCUGCCCAUGCUGGCCCACCUCGUGGAGGGCCCCAGUCAACCGCGGAGCGCCUUAUGCAGCAGCAAGGGCUUGGCGUUAAGACCGGGGCAUCGGAGCUAACGCCCAGGGGCAGCGUCGCGAGCAUUGAAGACGGCGCCUCGCCGAAGCAGGGGAAACACGUGAUGAUAGCGGUGGCGGACCCCCGGACGGUGAUGUACAAGGGCACCAGGGGCGGGCUGGUGGACAAGCUGAAGCACCUGGCGGCGGCCGGCACCGCCUCCAAGCAGGGCUCGCCCGCACACUCGCCGGCCGGCUCGCGCGUGGGCUCUCGCGCGCCCAGCCGCGGCAACAGCGAGAAGAGCCUGGGCGUGCACAGCCAUGCCGGCAGCCACAUGAGCAUGGGGCAGCGGAUUGCGCAGGCCCGGCGAGAUGAGUACGAUGUGGACAGCGAUGACGAGGACCUUGAUGGGUUUAUUUAUGAGGAUGAAUCUACGUCGGAGGAUGAGCGGGAGGACUACGUCAACGCCUUCAGUCGGAAGAAGAAGCUGCCCAAGGCCAACGACUAUUCCGAAUACGAGGGGGCGGGCGUGCGCGCGCUCACGGCGGGGAGAAAGCAAGCGCCCAAGAGCGCCGCCAUGAAGCGGCAGGAGCCCAAGCAGCGCGCCGUGCCUCGGUCCGACUCGGAGGAGGAGGACGAGGACGAGGAGGGCGAGGAGGAGGAGGAGGACUACGACCCGGAGGAGGACAAGAUCCGGCUGCUGCGGCAGAAGAAGCGCGCGGAGGAGCGGGCCAAGACGGCCAUGCGGGCGGCGCAGGCGGCGGCGGCCAUGUCGCACGCGGCAACAGGUGGCAAAAGGUUAGACGACGGCCCGAGCACCAGUGGGCGCGGCGGCAUUGCGCCCAAGCCGCCCACCGAGCCACCCGUGCGCGGCAGCAGCGGCAACAUUCGCCGCGGGCAGGCGGGCGCCGCAGGCGGCAGCGGUGGUGGCGCGCCGCCAGGCGCCGGACGCGGGGCGCCGCCGCCGCCGCCUGUGGCCUACGGCGCGUCCGCUGCGUCCCAGUACUGGCAGGAGAAGCGCGACAAGGACGCCAGGUUGGACGGCCCCGGCGGCGACCAGCCGGAGAUGUCGCGGCUUGAGCAGCUGAUGGCUAUGCAGAAGAAGAAGGCGGAGCGGGAGGAGCGGCAGAAGGCGGCGGAGGCGGCGGCGGCGGCGCGGGCGCGAGCCAAAUCCGCAGUGAAGGGUGGCGGGGGAGGCGGCGGCGUGCGGUGGGGCGGCGUGGAGGACGGGGACGACGAGGACGAGGAGCCCGAGGCGGUGUCGCCCAAGCGGAAGGUGCAGGUGUCCAUAGCAGCGGGAGGGGACACGGACGGGAGCGGCAGCGGGGGAGGCGCCGUGCGGCGGCACGAGCCGGAACCGGCGCGGCCGCCGCCGCAGCAGCCCUCCCCACAGCCGCCGAUGAUGCAGGAGCGGCUGAGCUUGAAUGGGCCCAGCGGAGCCGCGAGUGGGCCGAGCAGGUCACAGCCGGCGCCGCCGAUGAUGCAAUCAUCACAGCAGCAGCAGCGGCGGGAAUCACAGCCCGGGGGGCGGCGUGACGACGAUGACAAUGAGUUGAUGCGCCUCGAGCCGCCGCAGCCGCGCCCCAGCCAGGCAGGCCGAGACGGCAACCUGCCCUCGCCCUCGCCGCCGCCGGGGCAAGCUCCGUCCGCAUUCGGGCGGCGAAUAGCCGGCGGCAGCGGCUCUGGUGCAGAUCCUUACUCGGCAGCCGGAGGCAGCGGCUACAGCUCGGGCGGGAACGCGUCGCCCAUGCAGCAACAGCAACAGGCGCCGCCGCCGCAUGCGGCUCCCAAAAAGAAGGCGACCAGCGGCGUCACUGACUUUGACGUCGACGACCUGCUGUCGUCCUUUGAGCCACCGGGGGCGGGUGGCGGCGCCGCCAAACAGGGCUCACCGCAGCAGUGGGCGGGCAGCCGGCCGCCGGAGCCGCCGCCCAACCCGCAGGAGUACGUGACGGGCGUGCUGCAUGGGCCGCCGGAGCCGCGCCGCAGCAUCCGCAUGAUGAGCGACUUCGUGACCGUGCCGCGCAACGGCUCCACCACCGCCGUGCCCGCGUGUGGCGCCGGCCAUGACGAGGACGAGGACGUGGUGGACCUGGCGACGCGCAUGCUGUCGCUGCCGGUGGCGGCGCCGCGGCCCAGCGGCGGCCCCGCCGUCGCGCCCGUGCACAGCGCGCCGCCGCCGGGGGCCGCGCAGUCGACGCCGCCGGCGUCCAUCGCCAGUCGCUUCAGCCGCAUGGGCGUGUCGGCCACAGCCGCGUACUCGUCCGACGGCGGCCUCAGCUCCAGCGUCGGCAGCGUGCCAACUUGGGGCGGGCCGGGCAACCUUGGAGGCGGCGGCGCCGCCACCGCCCGCGCCGGCGGCGCACUGGCGCCCACGUACGGUGCGUCGCCCGGCACCUCGCCGCUGCGUAUGGCGCGGCCGACGCGGCAUCCGUCCAGCGACGGGGGCGCUCCGCCGUACGGAGGCGCGCCGCCGAUGCUUGGCAGUGGUCCAGCCGCGUUAGGCGGCGGCGUGGCCGCGCGCCUGGGCUCACCUCGCGGGUCCAUGAAUGGAGGUGGCGACGGCGGCAGCGGGGGAGUCCUGCCGGUCAUCCGGCCACACAGCCCCGCGCGGCUGAGCAACGCCGGCGUGCGCGGCUCGGAGAGCGGCGGCGGGUCGACCAACGUGAGCGGCAGCAGCAUCCUCAACAGCGUCGCCUCCGACCCGAUCUUCGGGCGCGGCAGCAUGAGCGGCAUAGGCGCGGCUGGUGCCGCCGGGCUGAGCCGCUUCGGCGCCGCCACGCACUCGUCGCUGCAGCAGGAGGCGGUGCGCAGCAGCAUGCCCAACCUGCCCGCCGAGCGCGGCACCGGCUACGACAGCGAUGGCGCGCUGGCCAAGCCGCGCGGCAGCUGGAACGGCGCGGGGGGGCCGCCGGGGGCAGCCGGCGGCAGCGGCAACGGCAUGCGGGUGUCGGGCAUGGGCGGCUCGCAGGUGCCGGCGGCUGGCGGGAUGGGGAUGGCGACGGGCGGGCCGAGGACACGGUUUGCAGCGAUGAAUGCCGUGGGGGCGUAACGUGGGCAGUGCCGGUGCCGACGGCCUGGCCGUCUGGCGCUGGUGCCGCCGUGGCAGCCUGUGCCGCCACACUACCGCGGCGCUCCACAGUAGCCGCGUGGGCGCUUGCCGCGGCAGCCACGCUUUGGGCUCGGCGGAACCUGGCCUUGCGCCAGAGGCCUGACGCGGCCGGCGCCUAUGGCGUGGCUGGCAUCGCUGUCCUGACAAAUGGUCUACGGGACGUUGUGGACGCUAGAUGCGGCGCUAGCUGCUGCAGUAUAUUAUUGAAGUGGCUUCAGAACCUCUUGCAUGCAUGCAUGUAUGUAUGUAUGUAUGUAUGUGUGUGUGUGUGUGUGUGUGCAUGCGUGCGCGCGGGCUUUGUUGUGAAUAUGACGCGGGCUCUUUGCGCGUGGGACACCGCCCUGUGAAACUGCACCCUUCAAAAGACAUCUUUGACGUUGCGCUUCGGCGAAUGGCCGAACCGCCCGCCGCAAGGGUGGGCACGGAGCAAGCAACUGGUGUGACCCAGGCGCAUGACGCAAGAACUGACACAGCAGGUACCUGCACUGUCGGGAAGGUGAUUUACGACGGGAGGUCUUUCGUUGGGAGUUGGCUGGCAGAGCAUUGCUGGUUGUGCCGCACCAGACCAGCAGAUGGAUUGCGGCGGAAGCCGGAAGCGAACCUUUGGGACCGGCGGCCAAGAUGGCGCCGUGGCAUGCGUUUGCAGGGAGCUCUUGUGGAGCUCUUGGAUUGUUUCUUCCAUCCAGUUUCAACCAGGGAGGGCUACGUGGUGGGCCGUCUCUAAUGGCUUGCAACAUCGCUAGAUAGAGUAUACAACUGCAAGCGGCAUAUGGCCCGUGCCUGGGGUCUAGUAUGUAUGAUUAGUUUGAUGCCUCCUGACCUCUGCAACAAGAGGUGGGGCGCGCGUUGGAUCAGGACAGUGUGGCCUGUCGAUGCGAGGUGCUGGCCUGCUCCUCACAGAUGCAUGGCAAUCAGGAAAGGCACGCCCAGGGCGUGCGUGCAUUGAUCAGUGGGAUGCGCAGUAACGCACCGUAUGUAAGAUAGACUAUAU